CAUGCUUGCACGUUGCUAACAUUAUCGACGAUAAGUCAACGGCGCCCACUGAACACUGCCAAAACUGCUCUAGGAAUGGCUUUUGGUUGACGACGGAAAACCUCGAGGCUAGCCCAGCAUGUCGUCCAACAAGCGCAACUCGAUUAUGCCGGCCGCAUCCCAGGCCGGCCCCAAAGCUCCAGUCCACUUCUCAUCGAGUAUCACGAUACACGACUCGGCGAUACUGUCCGGCAUGUACCCAAUCACCAUCUCGUCCGAGUCUGUCGUCCAUCCGCGGGCCCGGCUAGAGAGCGAAGGCGGUCCAGUCAACAUCGGCAGGCGCUGCAUCGUGCAGGAGCGAGUGCUCCUAGGUGCUGGUGGAAACCGGGCCGAGGGUUCUGUUACUCUUGGGGACUACGUCACGGUCGAGGCCGCUGCGAACAUCGAAUGCGGCGGUACCAUGGUUGGCGAGGGCACUGUGGUCGGCGUUGGUUGCAAGAUCGGAUCGGGCGCGUUUAUUGGCAAGUACUGCACACUAACGCCCCGAUCUGUCAUUGCUCCAAAAGAACGGAUACCGGAUGGUACCGUAGUCUACUCAAACGGCAUGAGGCGACCAGACAAACGGGGGAUCGUCGACCUCCGGAAAGAAGCACAGGUUCGCCAAAUCGAGGCUCUGAGAAGAUUGAUACCUAGCACUCCGGCCAAAUUCCAAUGACGGAGGAUGAACGAUGGGCUACGACUAAUCACGUUUGCAAUUUGCAAAAAAAGAAUUCUAGGCGUUUGGAGUUUGGCUUAUGAUAUACCCGUGAAAACGUCUGUCUUAUUAGGUUUUAGAUUAUCUGUUACUUUACCUAGUGCCCAAGGCAGCCUGCAUCUGCAUUCUGAAAACAAACAAACCCAUGUGCACUGCGGACUUUGGAAUCGGCAAAAAAACACUUUCACGCUCAAAGGUAGCGUACCUUGAGCCACUCGCUCGUGCCCAAUCCCAAAUUAAGCCCAUUCUCGGCCCACCAGCGCCUGACGGCCGUUUGGUCGCCAAAGGAAUCCUCCAACGCCUCCUCGAUAUCCAUGGUACGGUAUUCGACCUUUUUGGCCGGCUGGCCGUCCAUGCCAGGCAGUUCUCCCCUGGCGUAUUUCCUCCACCACUCCAGCACGUCAAUAUACGAG